GUCCGUCGACUGUGGGAGUACACCAUGCUUUACGCCAUGAAGGAGAAGGUCGACAUUUGGUCGAGCACGCUUUCCAAAAACUGGAAGAAUGGCCGAACGCAUUUCAUGUCGACAUUUCUGGCUUCCAGCAGUGCAGAGGGUCUUGACAGGAUGCCUUUGUGGAACAAUCGAGUACUCAUGACGGACUGUGAGGUGCUCCGGCUUUCGUUCUUUCGAUCACCGAGAUACCAGGACUAUUUCCGGUACUUGGACUCGCUCGAGGGCUUCUGGAGCCACCGAUGGGGAGACCAUGCUGUGCGCACGUUGGGGGUGGGAUUGGCGCUGUGGGAGGAGGAUCGCCCAACGUGGCAGCAGGCUGUGGGCCGCGGCAGCGACGGCUGGCCGCGUGCUUUCCAGAUGGACAUCCCGUAUGCCCACCAAGACUUCUGCCAAUGUGAAGGGGAGUGCCAGCCGGUCCAUGACCCAAAGCAGGGCAUUGUCCUCGAAGCGCUGCAGGGCCUCCGCAAAAAGUUCUGGGCAUGCUCAUCAGAACAUGUGAGCAGUUCGCCA